GCACUCGUUUCUUCACAUGUCUACUCAUUCGCGAAGGUUGUGCGCGCGCAGAUGAUUCUGCAAGUUCAGGAACUGGUAUCGCGUAUUCAUGCUGUGCAUUGUGGCGUCCUCUCCUGAUGAGCAGCAGGCAGCAUAUAGACCAUCGUUUCGAGUGCACCGCAUUUCUUCGUAGUAUCAUUUUACUAUGCCUGAUAUUUUCGGCAUAAUGAACAUGUCAUUUUGGUAAAUGAAUGAACCGUUUGCUAUGUUGGCGAGAAUCUAAACGUAUGAUCGGUUGUUCGAAGCUGAGGUUGGUCGCACUCAGCUUCUUGCGUUUGAGGAUCCCUACUCCUAUCGAACGGAAGCGUCUCCGCGCAAUUGAAUCACUGACCAGGCAGAGGUGGUGGCCAUCGGGGUGGCUAUGGGGGUCGGAGUCAGGGAUCAUCCGCCCGCCGCAAACAAUAGAGGUCCCGCGCAUAGUGCGCAGAUACAUUAUACGAGGUGAUGACUCAAAUAAGUACUGCUGUUUCGGUCAAGUCUCAUACGACAAGAUGGGGGUGCUGGACUCUCCCUGCUCAUUCAUUUACUUUAAGGACCUACUCCAAUGGCUCGUGUCUUUAUUCCCUGGCAGGCCAAGACGCUGGACGGUAGUAAAGCAAUCUUUGCAUAUACUAGUUACCUAUAAAGUCAUUAACGCUCCGACUUCGGACCCAUUGUUACACUGUUGCAGCACUCAACCUGUUCACUCUGAUUCGCCGAGAAGACACUGUAAAGGCACAUCUUGCAUUCCCCGAGACUUAGUUUAGUGCGUCCGCGCGUGCGAUUGGGUACAGUCUCUUAUACAUAGGACAGCAGGGAGGCACCAUCAGUUGUAGAUUACUUUGCCUCGUCACUCCUUGAC